AUGAUACCACUUGAACGACUUACACUAAAUCCACCAUCCAAAUUGUCAUGGUUUGAUAUUCCUUAUAAAUUUCGCGAAAUUAUUAUCGAUAAAAUGGAUGCGGUAACUCGCUGUUUAUUUUCAAGAUGUUCAAAAAUAUGCAAUGAUGAAGCCAACAAAUCGAAAUUCUAUAUUUAUGGAUUAUCUGUAACGUAUGGUUCUAUGUAUGGUUCUUCUUAUCGAAGAUUGUUAGAAGUUAUGUAUGAUGAAUCUGGUAAUGGAUAUCGGUUGGAAUUCAUAAAUGGGAAAACAUCUCAAACUAUUGUAGUUUGCAAAUGGUAAGAUUUUGGAUUUUGUUUUUAUGUAAAAAAAUGACAAUUUUCAGUUUAAAAGCUGGAAAAAUGGAGGCUUAUCUCGACAACUCUUGA